AUGAUAGUCAAAGGUGAAAGGCCAGCAACGAGGAGUAGAGGAUCCAAGCUUGUCGACGACCCGGACGUUAUCGAGAAGCAGCUCAAUGCUCAGCUCAAGUCGAUGAAGCUCUAUGCGUCUGCCACGAGUGGAGACGGAAACUGCUUGUUCAGGGCCCUGUCAGAUCAGCUGUACGGCUACCCUGACGCACACUCCCAGCUGCGUGGAGAGAUCUGCGACUACAUCGAAGCGAGUCCUGAGCGCUUUGCCGGCUUCGUCGAGGUGGAGAAGCCCUUUGUCGACUACGUGCGCAACAUGCGGCAAAGCGGCGUCUACGGUGGUCAUCUUGAACUAUCUGCGUUUGCCUCACUCAAGCACAAGGAGAUCAAGAUUGUCCAGCCAGGCCUCGUCUACCGCGUCACGGGCCAUGAUGACUCGCCCGAGGCGGUUGCAGAGAGGAGCGCCAUCGAGAAUAGACGUGAGGCCAUUCAAGCCAAGCAGCCUAGUGGUAGCGAGAGGCCAGCGGCGACUGCCAGGGAAAUCAGGAGACGUAAAAGGAAGGAGGGGUUGGGUGGAGGGCAAGCCAGUGCAGCUCGUCAGGAGGUGGCAGGUAGUAGCAGACUCGCGGAUGACGAAGAGCAGGAACAGGACAGUGAGGGACCGAUAGAGGCGUCUGGGCCGCUCUACAUUGCCUACCACAACUGGGAGCACUACUCAUCUCUUCGCAAUAUCGACGGCCCACACUCUGGCCUCCCUCGCAUCGACGAGUCCAACGUAGCGCAAGCAGCACAACCACACGUCCCCGCAGCAAGCAAGUCCAGCAAACGGGGCUACGCCAGCAGCGACUAUGACGAUGAUGAUGACGAGGACGAGUAUCGCCCUCUAAAGCCUACUGAGCACGAGGACCUCAUCCUGCGGUCAGUACCAGGCCACACGCUCCAAGAAGUGCGAGGCCUUCUCAAGAAGCAUGGUAAUCUAUGGGAGACGGUCGUUGAGGUUUUGAUCGCUCAAGAUGCACAGGGCGGGCGGGACAGUCCCUCAACGUCGGGACAGAUGUACAUGACACGUUCUCGAGGCGCGUCGCAUUCCUACCUCAACAACGCAACCUCUACGUCAUCAAGGUACGAUAAUCGUUCACCGCUGCUUCCCGUGCCCGAGCACCUACGCACGAACGACGACUCGAAUACGUGGCGAGGAGCCAGCCCUGCCAGCUCAAGUGGCGGAGACGCCAACUCGUCAUCGACGCACGCCACGACCGCCACGACGGCGUCGUCGGCAGAAGGCGGAUCCAGCAUAGCAACGACCGUCGAACCUCGUGCGAGCAUCUCGCCCGAGACGGAGCGUGGUGGCAAGACGAGCAACAAACGGGCAUUGUCCGUAGAUCCAUUCGAGAUUGAAGCGCCGUCACCUCGGUCACCAAAACGACGCAGUAGCUCCAGGGAGCGCGAGAGAGAAGAGAGGAGUGUGGACGGGGCACUGGCUUCUGAAUUUGAUGCGGCAGCCAAGACCGUUGAUGCGGCCAGCCCGUCGAGUGGUUCGCCAUCGGGCUCGGCCGCCCGAUCCCCCGGGUCAACGAUGGCUCUCUCCAACAUCUCCACUCCACUGGAUACGGCCUCGCCCUCGCAACCGACCCGUGCCUCAACGCCAGCCUACGCAUCAACUUCCUUCACCUACCCGCUCGACUCAUCACGCGGCCGCCUCUCGCCUCCACUUUCGCCGUCAACGCUCAAUCGCGAUGAGAUUCGCGCAAUGUCGAAGGCGGAGAAGCGCGAAAUUGAGCUCAAGAGGAAGCGUGAUAGGCAGAGGGAAAGGAGGGCAAAGGAUCGGGUAUUGAAGGAGAGCAAGGCGACGAAGGCCAAGGAUAAAACGUCGACGGCAGCAGCGGCAGGCACGACGGCGAAGGGCAAGGAAAAGCCGGUGAAGGGCAGAGCGGCGGGCGCUGUACCAGCGCCAAAUUCGAAAGCGGCAGCGGCGGCCCAUCGCCGGCGAUUAGAUCGCUUCGAUGAGGAAGAGCGACAGCAGCAUAGACUCAAGGGCAAGGGCGGCAGCAACGGUGGCGGUGGCGAUGUGCCCAAGGGAUUCGUAGAGCUGAAGAUUUAG